GGCAGGCGACGGCUGGGCUGGGGUUGGUUGAGGUAUGACGUUGGCGUGGUGGGAAUCUCUGGAUGGGCGCUUUUGGGCGACUCGGACGGCGGCCGUCGGGAGGGCCCACCCCAGCACUCAUUGAGGGGCGGCUGGACCACCAAUGGCACCAGCCAAGGCCCCCCACUAUAAAGUGUAGCAGUCGCAGUGUGGUUCGUUACAGUCCGGCCCAGCAGUACUAUGACCGUUGCGCCGAAGCAGAAGAGCGAGUAACUGCAAGUCAAGACUUCGUCUACCACCGUAAUCAUCAACCAAUUGCUCUCGGCUGCCGCCAACUGUCUCUUGGCAAAUGCAUCCAGGUUGUCCCCUGGACUCGGGUUAUGCAAGAAACCAUGCCACGCAGCCUCACCAAGGAGGCCGGCAUCAUGCACCAAAACCCAGGCAGGGUCGGCUGAAUGGGUAUCGACCUGUGAAACAACAAGUCGACGGGAGGGCAUGGAACCAAGGACUAUGUAGUUGUUCUCGUGGCUGGGGCGGUCAACAACACGGCCCAGCCAGCAUGCUGCAAGGCUCCGUGAUGUCGAGCACCUCCCGAGGUCGCCUCUCAGGUGCUGCUUGUUGGUCGCGGGCCACACGCCGGGCAGACUGGGGUUCUAGAUCGUUCGCAAGGCUUCCACGGACAUCACAUCACACGCGGCAGAGCUGGGUAGCGGCAAGGAUGCGGGGCUUCUCCACCAAGCCGCUGCUUCUGGUGAAGCCGUGGAGGAUUCAACAGUGAAGAGAAAAGAGUGCUCGCCGCCGGUCAAUGUCAUUGUGUGAAUAGAGUGAUUUCAGACAGGUGCGAGC